CCCAGAGCCAGUCCCGGCGCGCGGUGCAUUGUGGGCAGGCCCAGGCCAAGCCGAGGCCCAGGCUGAGGCAGGAGGCGGAGGCGGCGAAGGCGGGGAGGAGGAUGAUGGGCGACGCGGGGAGGCCCGGGGCAGGAAUCUCUACGUCGUUCAGGGUGGCUCUGUGAUCAGCUUCUGGCGGAGGACCUAGAGAUUCCUAGAGUGGUGGUCUUCCAGACUGCAGGAGUCCAGACAGCUCUUCGCUCAGCUCCUCCCCGACCCUGAGGGGCACUCCCCCGCCGGAGCCCUCGGCCCCGCUGCACCCCUCCAUGAUUGGCUCGGCCAUGACCACCUCCAUUGGCGGGCUGGGCUCCCCCUUCCCGGUCAUCAGCUCUUCCAUGGGGUCGCCGGGCCUCCCUGCCACGCCCUCCAUCGGCUACGGACCGGUCAGCAGCCCCCAGGUGAGGCCCUCCUCGACAUGGAUCAACUCCACGGUGAACCUCUCAGGCCUCCACUCGGUCAGCAGCUCGGACGACGUGAAGCCCCCGCUGGGCAUGAGGGUGGUGCCGGGCCACCCCCACGGGGCCCUGAUGCCCGGCAAGCGCCUCUGCGCCAUCUGCGGAGACCGGUCCUCAGGGAAGCACUACGGGGUGUACAGCUGCGAGGGCUGCAAGGGCUUCUUCAAGCGCACCAUCCGGAAGGACCUGACCUACACCUGCCGCGACAACAAGGAUUGCAUCGUGGACAAGCGCCAGCGCAACCGCUGCCAGUACUGCCGCUACCAGAAAUGCCUGGCCACCGGCAUGAAGCGGGAAGCCGUCCAAGAGGAGCGCCAGCGCGGAAAGGACAAGGACGGGGACGGGGACCUGGCCUGCGGGGGCGCCAACGAGGACAUGCCGGUGGAGAAGAUCCUGGAGGCCGAGCUGGCCGUGGAGCAGAAGUCGGACCAAAGCGUCGACGGGGGCGGAUCCGGCACGGGGGGCAGCUCGGUGAGUUGGAGGGGUGCGGCGGCGGGAUCAGGACGCUCGCCCCGGAUGUUUGACGUCAACGAGGAGCCCAACGACCCCGUGACCAACAUCUGCCAGGCGGCCGACAAACAGCUCUUCACCCUGGUGGAGUGGGCCAAGCGCAUCCCCCACUUCUCCGAGCUGCCCCUCGACGACCAGGUCAUCUUGCUCCGGGCAGGCUGGAAUGAGCUGCUGAUCGCCUCCUUCUCACACCGCUCCAUUUCGGUGAAAGAUGGGAUUCUGCUGGCCACGGGCCUCCACGUCCACCGCAACAGUGCCCACAGCGCCGGUGUGGGAGCCAUCUUUGACAGGGUGCUGACCGAACUGGUUUCGAAGAUGCGCGACAUGAGAAUGGACAAGACGGAGCUGGGCUGCCUCCGCGCCAUUAUCCUCUUCAACCCAGACGCAAAGGGUCUCUCCAACCCAGGAGAAGUGGAGCUGCUGAGGGAGAAGGUCUAUGCCUCCCUGGAGUCCUACUGCAAACAGAAAUACCCUGAACAGCAGGGCAGAUUUGCCAAGCUGCUGCUGCGCCUGCCGGCCCUGCGGUCCAUCGGCCUGAAAUGCCUGGAGCACCUCUUCUUCUUCAAGCUGAUCGGGGACACCCCCAUCGACACCUUCCUCAUGGAGAUGCUGGAGGCCCCCCACCAGAUGUCCUGACCGGCCCCUCCGCCCCACUUGCAGCCUCACGCAACACUCCUGCCAAGAGAGAGAGAGAAAGAGAGAGAACGAAGGAGGACAAAGGCAGAGGAGGGGGUCCCACUCUCCCUCCUUCUCUCCUUCACCCCCCUCUCUGGAAACCAGACCCCAAAAGACUUUCUCCCUCCCUCCCUGGCCCUCUCCCUCCUCCUCCUCUUCCUCCCGUCCGCGGUCCUGCCCCCCACUUCUGGGCUUCGGGGCCCUGCUUGGCCUUCGGUCCACACAAGGGGAGCCAGUUGGGGCCUCGCUGUGGACGCUGCUGCUCAGAAUCAGGUCUAAAGCCAAGGUACUCAGUGUUGGGGUUCCUUUGAGGGGUCCCCUCCCUCCCUCCCAUGCUUUUCUGGAGGCAGAGCCAAGGGGGAACCACACCCCCCCUUUUCUUUAGGCAUCUGCUUCCUCUCCCCUCCCCAUGUUUUCCUUUCUGGACUGAAGAAGAAAAGACGGUGUUUGUUUCUUAGUGUUUUUGCUCCUCUGCAGGCAAGGCUUAGCACGAGGAGCCCCCCAGCCCUUUCACGUGUCUCCUAGCACCCCCUUCGAAAUCAUAAUAAUGAUGAUGGGAUUUUUAUUAUGUAAAGGCCGCAGUGGUUUUAAACCCCUUUUCCAGGAGGGAAAGCGUAGCUAGAGCGACUUUGUAUUUUUUAGCCUCCGUCAGUGGUGACCCCCAAGGAUUCCCUUAGAUGUUUCUCCUCCAUUCCCCCCCCCCCAAAAAUGAAAUACUGUUUUAGCUGCACUUUGACCUGACCCUCAUCUAUGCAAGGAGGGGAGGGAGGGGAGGGAGGGGAGGGGUUUUAAAGAGGAGGGGUCCCUUUCGCUCCCCCUCUUUGUCUUUCGGGGUCUCCGUGUUCUUAAAGGGUGAGGAUUACGGUUCUCCUCCAGCCCCAUAACUUUGGGGGAGGCAUCAGGAGGGUGGAGGAAGAGGCCGAAGAGCAGGGUGUCCAUUGCGGGGUCAGAGAGCCCCUUCCUCGCACGCUGCUCUCUCCAGAUACCACCUCCCCCCCCCCUUUGCCUCAGCAUGCCUGGACCCCUUUGCCACUUUGUCCCCCUUCCUAGAAAAAAAAUGUUUGAGUACUGUUAAUAUUCCUCCUUCCCACUUUGUCCUGGAUGAACCGCUAUAUUAUUAUUUUUUUGAGUUAUUAAAAAGCUGCUCUUCCCAGAGGACCCCUCCUCACA